GACAAAGAAAAGACCCCCAAACAAGCCAGGUUAAGCCUCGUCUUAGAUCCUGGUAUACUGUCUACAGGGAGCCAUGGCUGCUGUGAAUCCUCUGAAAAGCCUCCGAGAUGAAACAACUUGCUCCGUCUGUCUGAGUUUUUAUAAAGAUCCUGUGUUUUUAGACUGUGGGCACAGUUUCUGCCAAGCCUGCAUCACCCAGUGCUGGGAGGGAUCAGAUACAGACAUCUCCUGCCCUCAGUGCAGAGAGACCUUUCCCCAGAGGACCCUCAGGCUGAACAGACAACUGGGGAACUUUGUAGAAAUCGCCAAGCAGCUGAGUGUCCCAGCAGGAGAAGGUUGGUGCAAGGUGCACCAGGAGCCUUUCAAACUCUUCUGUAACCAGGACCAAAUGCUCAUCUGUGUGAUCUGCAGAGAGUCCCAGGCGCACCGUGCUCACUUGGUGGUCCCCACAGAAGAGGCUGCCCAGACCUACAAGGAACAAAUUCACGCCCAAUUGAACACACUGAAGAAAGAGAGAGAAGAACUUCUGGAGUGGAAACAGGAUGCAGAGACACAAAGCCAGGAAUAUCUGGGAAAGAUAGAAGCUGAGAGGCAGAAGAUUGUGUCUGAAUUUGAGCAACUGCGGCAAUUUCUGGAGGAACAAGAGCGACUCCUCCUGGCCCAACUGGAAGAGCUGGACAAGGAAAUUGUGAAGAUACAGGAUGAAAAUGUCACCAAACUGUCUGAGGAGAUUUCCCAUCUCAGUGACUUGAUCAGUGAGAUAGAAGAGAAGUGUCAGCAGCCAACAAGCCAAUUCCUGCAGGAUAUCAAAAGCAUCUGGAGCAGGUGUGAGAAGGUGAAGUUUGCGAAACCAGUGAACGUGCCACAGGAUCUGAGAGAGAGACUCUGUGUCUCUUCCCAAAGAAAUGUUUGUCUACAAGAGGCUCUGAAGAAAUUCAAAGAGACCCUGCCGUAUCAACUGAGCUUUCUGAUCUCGAAGGCAGAGAAAGAGGUGCAGGCCACUCCGGAUCCAGACCUGGCAAAUCCCUGUUCCGUCCUGUCCACAGAUGAGAGUGUGAUCCGGAAAUACCAACAAAGAGAAUUUCUGGAGAAAAAGAACAGGUUUCACCCUGCUGCCUGUGUGCUGGGCUAUAAGGGCUUCACCUCAGGGAGAUGUUACUGGGAAGUGGAGGUGGGGAACAAAGAUGAGUGGGUUUUGGGCAUUGCCAAAGAGUCUGUGAUACACGAGGGAGCGAUAAGCUGUACACCAGAGGAGGGGAUCUGGGCUUUGCAGAGUACAGGGAAUGAGUACUGGGCCCUCACCUCCCCUAAGACUGCUCUGGGCCUACCUCGUAGCCCCAGUAACAUUGGGGUUUACCUGGAUUAUGAAGGACAGAAAGUUACAUUUUAUGACAUUACAUCUUCUGGCAGAGAGCCAAUCUUUACUUUCACAUCUUCUUUCACCGGGAAGAUCAUCCCCUUCUUUGGGCGCCGGCGUGUCCAAUUUCUGAAUAUAGGCACACAUGGUCCCUGGUAGGCAUACCAUUAAGACCUGUGACAGAGCAGCAGGGAUCACUCGGUAUGGGAUAUCUAAAGUGGAGCAAAGACAUAGAUAAUAUAUAAAUUACAGCUAUCACACUUUGCCAUUCUAAUCUUGCCAGCCUCAAGCAUUCAAAAACUCUGUCAGGCCCCCCACAAUCAUGGGAUUGGCUUAAACAUCUUUUUAUAUAUUAUGUUAUUUUUCUUUGCCUGCUGGUUUCCCAGCUUUCAGGGUGUUCUUGUUUCCAGUUUUCAAUCUUUGCUACACAAACAUGAAGGCUGGAAAUGUAUCUGUAAUAUAAUCUGAGCUCCCUCAAAUCUAUCUACUCCAGCAGCUGGGACUUUUAAGAAAAACAUUGAGUGCUGUGAGACUCACAAUAAAAUGGUGAGGGAGAACAAGACUGACUUGCUCAGCAUUAUACUGGUGAAAGGAGUUUCUCGACCCUCUUACAUGCCUGUCUCUGUAACUCUGUGAUCCUCUAGACACAGAUGAACUGGCCAACCAGCAGACACCAGGAGCCACUCACAGGGUCACAGCAGAGCCUGCCUAUCUUAGGGCAGGUCUACACUUAAAAUAUUGCACCGGCGCUGCUGUGCCACUGUAAUGCUUAAGUAAAGAUGCUCCUACGCCGACAGGAGAGCUUCUCCCAUCAGUGUAGUUAAUCCACCUCUGUGAGAGGCAGUAGCUAUGUUAACGGGAGAAGCUCUAGUGCUUAAUUACUCUCUCCGCUAGAAAUGUACACCUUAAUGCCAGGUCUCUGUCUAAUGCAGCAGGCCCAGACCUCAAUCACUGAUCCCCACGGCCUUUUGAAAUAAAUCUACCAGCUCAACUAGUCACACAGGCCAGUAGCUCAGGCUUGGUGCCUGGCCCAGCUACACAACACUGAAACAAGGGUGCAGUUGAUUCAGGCUUGGAGCAUGGCCUAGACACCCAGCCCUGAGACUGGGUUGACAGCUGAGACCAGGCAGGUUCAGUGCAUGGAACAAGCACAGCCCUGAGACUGGGGGCAGAGGAGGUAGCUGAGAAGAGGUGGGCUGCAUGCAUGUCCCAGGUACACAGCACUGCGAGCGGGCUGGGAGAGCUGACAGCCAGGCAACUUGGGGCAUGGUAGACACUCAGCGCUGAGAAUGUGCAGAGUUGGGGCAUGACACGGACAGCGCACUGACUGGGGUGGGGGAGCUGCAAACAGUCAUGCCUAGUGCAUGGCAGAGACACGUGGUGCCGGGAUGGGUGGGAGCAGGCACGCUCUGCACAUGGUGCAGACACACAGCGCUGACAACAGAAAAUGAAGUCGGACUGGGGUAUCUGAUGAGAAUGGGCAGGCUCGGUGCAUGACAGACUCUGUACCUCAGUUUCCCCAUCUGUAAACUAGCUGGGCUCUUCCAGGGCAGGGCCAACCUCCUUUGACUCGCUUGGAGGUCAAGAAAUAAGUUUGUCUUGUACAGGGCUCUGCCGGGGGUUCCACCUUCACAAUUGCCCCCUGUUGGGAAGUGAGGGGAGGGUGCUGUUGGAUACAUCAGAAAGGAGGACACUGCAGGGUUGUGCUUGGCGAGAUGAAUUUUGGACAAUCUUCAUGUGGCCUUGAUUCAGAGUAGCGAGGAAGGGAAAUUACAUCAUGUUGCAACAUUGUAUCCCGCUGCAGAGCCGUCCUUGUAACCAGUCGCAUCCCCAGGGGAGAUCCAGUCACUGUUCUUUUCCCACCAUGGUUACAUUUCCUGUUCUGGGCCCAAGCGGCUGCUUCUCCCAGGCCCCCUCAGUCUGUCCCAAGAUGCCCCCUCCUGCAGCUUGGAUAGACAAGGGGGCUGGGAGACGCUAUGUAACCCCUUACCUUGUACAAUUCAGGGGUCCCCGUACCAGCUCCCCUCACACACACUGUCCUGGGCCAUUGGUCCUCUGCCCUGACCUGGGAUGAAUCUCUCUUUAAAGGUCAGGGAGAAGCUCUGUCUGCACGAUCCAUUGAGUCCAUAGCCUUUCUGCUGAGCCUCAUGUGGAGAGGCACGAUCAGUGCAGACUUUGCUGGUUACCUCGGUGUAUGAUGGAGACACCUACACCCCGAGAACCAGGCUGAGAUCCCAGUGCAUUUCACACAGUCCACUGAGCAGCUGCCCAAUGGACUUUCAGCCACUGCCCCCCUGGACAGGAUGUGGGUUGUUAAACUGAAACAGACCAGCCGGAGAGAAACAUCUUUACUUGGUCCCAACCCCAAGGCUUUGACACUCACUUUGUUUCUCCCCAGAAGAAGGGGUUUGGGGAUGGCUGAAUCUCUCUCAGGUGCCUCCCUGAAGGGAAUCCAGAGAGAACUGGGUCAGAUGUAAGUUGAGCAGGGAAAGGAGGGGAGGUGGGCAGUGGGGCCAGGAAGAUGAGCCCAGGAAACUCUUGUUUACAGAUUGGCCUUAAGAAGUUUGUUUGGGCCUGCAAAGCUAUGUCUUGCUGCCCUGUGCUGUCACCAUAACACUGUUGCCAAUGUAAGGGGACUGGUUGCCCCCUUACUAACACUCAGUGGGGGUGUUUUGGUUGGCUAGCUCCCAGCACUAAAAGGGGAGGGGUCGAUGGGAAAUCAGGAGCCUGAGACUGACAGUCCCCAGGGGCAAUGGGGAGAGCCCAAUGCUCCAGGUCAGCCUGACUGACAGGGUGGGCGGGCUAAUCAGGAGGCCAGGGGGGUCCCAUCCUCCGUGGGAGCUGGAAUUGCCUGACUCAGGGUACGUCUAUACCCAGCCGCUAGUUCGGCGGCAAGCA